AUGAGCCUCGGUGUGAUCCGGCGAUUCGAUGUCGCCAACAUGCUUUCGCCUGAUCAGGCGUUAAGCCUCGCGGAAAUCGCUGCCCGUAUGGGACUUCGUGAGGGCAGGAUAAAUCACGUGCUUCGGUAUGCGCGUCUUUCGCGAGCUCAGCAAGGGGUUUGUGGCUCACACUACGCGCUUGAUCUCGUUGCGAUCGUCCGCUGGGGCAGAUUUUCUAGGAGCCUGCAAGGAGAUCUCGUUGUGUUCAAGGGUUUUGCAUUAGCCGACAACGUUGACCGCACCCUCUAUGACGUCCUCCAUGACACUAUCUGCGCCAAUCGAUCCGCUAAUAAAACGGCUACAUUCGAUCGCGGGCCUAGGUUUAGCGCUCCUCAGAUAGUAAAUGGUUAUGAUUGGGCCGCGCUCGGUAACCUAGCCGGAGAGUGGUGGAUAUCGGUGGAUUCGACGGGCUAG